GAUCUGGAAACAAUGAGCUGUGACAGCCGAGACAUGCGUCUACGUUGAGGAUUUUGGUCAGACACCAGCAUCAGAGGCUGAAGUUUUAGAUCCGCAGUAGCCGACAUUAACCUCAGGUCCCAGAAGUGUGAAAUGAAUAACAUGACCAGCGUCUUUGCUACUAACUGAUGACGUUGUGACAAUGCCAAUUUUUGAGGAAUGCGAAAAGCAAUUAAAUGGCCGAGUUCUCCCAGGAUGCACAGAAACCUUGAUCGCAAAGAGGUAUUUUGUGCAACAAAGGCUUGGCAGGGGAAGCUUUGGAACAGUGUACCUGGUAUUAGACAAGAAGGCAAAAGAUGAAGAAAAGUUAAAGGUGCUGAAAGAAAUACCUGUGGGGGAACUAAACCCUAAUGAAACUGUUCAAGCUAACCAGGAGGCCCAGCUGUUGUCCAAGUUAGACCACCCUGCUAUUGUCAAGUUUCAUGCCAGCUUUCUGGAGAAGGAAAGUUUCUGCAUAAUCACUGAAUACUGUGAGGGCAAAGAUCUUGAUUGCAAAAUCCAAGAAUGCAAGAAAAACGGUGAAAAUAUUGGUGAAAGCCAAGUAGUUGAAUGGUUCAUCCAGCUGUUACUUGGUGUCAAUUAUAUGCAUGAAAGGAGAAUACUUCACAGAGAUUUGAAAGCAAAGAAUAUUUUUUUAAAGAAUAAUCUGCUUAAAAUUGGGGAUUUUGGGGUUUCUCGUCUCCUGAUGGGUUCUUGUGACCUGGCAACAACAUUCACAGGGACCCCGUACUAUAUGAGUCCAGAAGCAUUGAAACAUCAGGGAUAUGACUCAAAAUCAGACAUUUGGUCGUUGGGUUGUAUUCUUCAUGAAAUGUGCUGCUUGGAACAUGCAUUCACUGGCUACAGUUUUGUGUCUGUAGUAAUUAAAAUUGUAGAAGGGGAAACACCAUCCCUACCAAACCAUUAUUCAAGUGACCUUAAUUUGCUGAUGAACAGGAUGCUGAAUAAAGACCCUGCGCUUCGCCCAGGAGCAGGUGACAUCCUACAGACUAUAUAUAUACAAGAACAACUGCAGGAAGUUAAAUGGAAGCUGUAUGGAGCAUCUCAAAACGACAAGACACUAAUCUGCCAGAGAGAUGCUGACCAAAUAAUGAAAGCUGUACAAAGGAAGUUUCAUCUCCAAACUCUCAGAGAGCUGUCUGAAGUCCAGAAAAUGACCCCAAGAGAAAGGAUGAGGUUAAGGAAGUUAAAUGCUGCGGAUGAGAAGGCAAAGAGACUAAAACAGCUUGCAGAGGAAAAAUAUCAAGAAAAUCAGAGGAGAAUGCAAGAACUGAGAAGUCGCAAUUUUCAACGACAUAGUAUUGAUGUGCUUCACGCCCCCGAUGCACCAAAUCAUCUGUUACAGUCAGGGCCAGCGGGUGCAAGACACUGCCAGUCUAAUGAUCAGCAGAAUGAACAUGAACAGAUACCCGACAGAUUGUGUGUAUCUGAGCCUACCGAUCGGGUGAUUCCAGAAGACCCACGUGUUGCUGAUGAGUAUUAUAAGGAUGGAUUUGACUCUUGCUCCGAAGACAGUGAAGAAGACGCUGAUGAAGAAGAGAAUUCUGACUAUGAAUCACAAACUAUACAAACAACUUAUGAACAGGAUAGUGAUGUCAAAGCCAUGGUGCUGAAAUUGAAAGAUGUUCUGGCUUCCAGUUGUUUUGAUACUGAGGCUGCCACCAUGGUGACUCCAUCAAUUCCCGCGAGCUCCAGACUUAUCAAUGAUACCAUGGUACAAACCAAACUACAACGCAUGAAAGAGUCGGCUGUGCAAUCUAUGGGAAAGAAAACAUAUAACAAAGUGUAUAAUUUCCUCAGAAGUGCAAGACAAACUAACAGAAGUGAAGAAGAAGUGAAGCAGUACCUAGAGACAUUAGUUUCCAGGUCAAGCGAGUGCUUUAUAGUGGACCAAAUCCUUUAUUUAGAGGAAGAGCUGCAAGCUGUAUGUUCAAAAACAGAUAAGGCCUGAUUACGGCGUUCUUGGACGUUACAUUCUGAGGCUAGAUAUUGUUACAACAGUGACACAGCUCCAUACCUUUUAUUUUAAUGUUUUAUUUUACCGUCUAUAAUUGGCACGAAGCGUUCUUGUUUAGUUCUAACCUCCUGGCGACAAUGCUUAUUUUUGUUUGAGGAAUAACUCAUACGAUAUUAACCUACUGUGAAAAUGGCAACCAUUGUUUCAGAUCAAUACUGAAAUAGUAAAAAUGGUGUCAACAAAAGUAUUGUUUGGUGUUAAUUACAUUAAUUAUUAUUUUUUAUUUGUUUCAUAAAAACUAAGACAAAAUAUGCAAUUAAAACCCCUUUAAGGAUGUUUAUCCAAGGAAAAGACAGAAGCCUCCGGUUGUAAGAGAAUUCAGCUAUAUGACGUUUAUUAUCACUAAACAAAUACAAUACCAUAUAUCCCAACCAAAUGUGAAUUACAAAUCAUAAAUCUAUACUGUAUUCUGUUGUGUGUUAUUAUUCUGUGCCUAUCAUAUUUUAUUUACUAAUGAUCACUUAUUAUAACCAUCAUUAGUAUGUGUAACUGUAAUAUGUAAAGCUUGUUAUUUUAAAUCUUGUUGAAUAAAAACAUUGUUUCAGUAAUUAA